CCACAAUUCCUCUAGCUUCCCCCUCCCCUCCCCUGCUGCGCCGCCGCCGGACAAAUUGCGCCGCCGCUCGGCCAAUUCAUCGCCCUGCUGCGCACCGCCCGCGCGCCUGCCGCGCUCCGCCACCACCCGCCUGCGCUGCCUGCCCGCCUGCGCUCCGCCCCCGGUCCACCGCGCCGCCGAGGCCCUCCACCCCUGGUCCGCUGCGCCUCCGAGACCCUCCGGCGCGCCACCGAGGCCCUCCGCCCCCGGUCCGCCGCGCCGCCGAGCCUCAGUCCCCCUGCGCGGCCACCCUCCCGCGCUGCUCCAGCUCCUUCCUCGCCGCCCCGAGCUCCUUCCACUUCUGCCCGAUUUGCCCGCCCAUCGUCGUCUCCCAAUCCUCGUCGAACGGCGAAGAGCGGCAAGAAAUGCUGCAGUGCAUCUUCCUCCUCUCUGAUUCCGGGGAGGUGAUGGUGGAGAAGCAGAUGGCGGGGCACCGCGUGGACCGCGCCAUCUGCGGCUGGUUCUGGAACUACGUCCUCGCCCACGCGGCCGGCGACCCGUCCAAAAUCUUGCAGGUUGUGGUGUCACCAACACAUUACUUGUUUCAAAUAUAUCGCAAUGGUGUAACAUUCUUGGCAUGCACCCAAGUGGAGAUGCCCCCACUGAUGGCUAUUGAGUUUCUCUCUUGUGUGGCUGAUGUCUUGACAGAUUAUCUUGGAGAUCUGAAUGAAGACAUAAUCAAGGACAACUUCGUAAUUGUAUAUCAGGUUUUAGAUGAGAUGAUGGACAAUGGUUUUCCACUUACGACUGAGCCAAACAUCUUGAAAGAGAUGAUUGCACCACCUAAUAUUGUGAACAAAAUGUUGAAUGUUGUGACUGGUAAAAGUUCUACUCUUGGUAGCAAACUUCCAGAUGCAGCUGCUUCUUUUGUACCUUGGCGAUCAACAGUAGUCAAGGAUGCAAGCAAUGAAGUCUACGUUAACAUAGUUGAGGAACUUGAUGCAUGUGUAAACAGAGAGGGGGUUCUUGUGAAAUGCGAAGCAUAUGGUGAAGUUCAAGUAAACUGCAGCCUCCCAGGUGUACCAGAAUUGACUAUGUCAUUUGCAAACCCUACAAUUAUUAAUGAUGUUACUUUCCACCCCUGUGUCCGAUUCAGGCCUUGGGAGUCAAAUCAGGUCCUAUCAUUUGUUCCCCCUGAUGGGCAGUUCAAGCUCAUGAGUUACAGGUACAUAUUUACAAGCUAUGUUUCUUCUGUGCCUUCAGUUUGCUCAUUGUUUGAUGAAACGAGCAGGGUUAAGAAAUUGAAGAAGACACCCAUUUAUGUGAAACCACAGCUGACAUCAGAUUCUGGGAAUUGCCGUGUUAGUGUGAUGGUGGGGAUCCGAAAUGAUCCUGGGAAACCCAUUGAUUCUAUAACAGUGCAGUUUCAAUUGCCCCCUCUUAUAGUUUCUGCAGAUUUGACUGCAAACUAUGGCACAGUCGACAUCCUUGCUGACAAGACUUGUCUCUGGACAAUUGGGCAGAUACCAAAAGAUAAAGCACCAGUGCUCUCUGGAAAUUUACGUCUUGAAGAAGGACUUGCUCAGUUGCAUACACUGCCAACAUUUCAGGUGAAGUUUAAGAUUAUGGGAGUUGCUCUAUCUGGUCUUCAAAUUGAUAAGCUGGACGUGAAAAACAUGCCUAGUGCUCCAUACAAAGGUUUUAGAGCACAGACCCAAGCUGGAAAAUAUGAGGUCAGAUCAUAGGUGUGCUUUCAGAGGGCAUCUGUUAGUUUUGCCCUCAAAGCAAACGAUACCGUGGGCCUGGUGCAUGGGCUGUCAACGCAUUUUUGGUUAUCAGUUGAUGAUCAAUACUCCCAUAGCCAGCUUGAUUGCGUCACUUUACCCUGUGCUGGGCCCAUCACUACAUUUCAAGGAGCCUGCCAUUCUUCCAAUCAAUAUGUCCUAUGCCUGAAUCAGAUUCUCCUGCCUGGUGGGAGAGCAACAAAAUAUUGCCACUCUGGCUUGUCUAGACAGAAAUGAUGCCAAAUGAAUGCCUACUGGCUGAGACCAAGGUUUUGAAUUGUGGCACAUUGUCAUGUUGGCUUCAGUAUGCAAUUAUGUAUUGAAUCCCUGUUUUUGCCGAGGAAUGUCCAGAAGAAAUGCUGUGUUAUAUUUACUGUGAGUCUGUUUUCCCCCUAAAGCAACAACCAGGGCAGUGUAUAUUAAUGGCAAGCAAUUGUUGUAAAGAAGGAUUAGGUUUGGAUGCAAUUUUCAUAAGCAAAUUAUAGCCAAUCAAAGAUAACAUAUGUACCUCAUAGAGGUAUGAUGUGCGACCGAGUAUGUAUGUGAAUAUUGUACCGGGUUUUAAAAAAAAAAUCGACACAGUAGUCUGAAA